AAAAGACAAUGGGUAUGGGGCAAUCUCUAAAAUUCAACAAAGUUCAACAAAUAUUUAAUGGAGAGAGAAAGAGAAUGAAUGAUUUGCAAGAGAUGUGGAGGAAGGUAAAAGGAAGGGAGACUGAGAUGGGCUCUUGUUGGGCUCUUCUCCAACACCAAGUACUUAUUUAAGCAGACAAAAGCAAGUAGUGGAGUUCGAAGAGAGUAAGAGUGUCUCAUUCUGUUUUCUUUUAACAAUACCCUCGUAACUUCUCUGCAUUCCAUCUCUUUCUCUCUCUCUCUCUCUCUCUCUCUCCAUUGGAUACUCUCGUCUUUCACAUAAGCUUCUUUGGAAGAAUGGAAGGAGAAGAAGGAUCAUCUGCCACACCAAAUGUAAAGAAAAGAAUAUUCAAAAGAAUAUGUGUUUUCUGUGGUAGUAGAGCUGGAUACAAAUCUACAUUUGGUGAUGCAGCUCUUGAGCUUGGUAAACUGCUGGUUAAGAGAAAGAUCAAUUUGGUUUAUGGUGGAGGAAGUGUAGGUCUAAUGGGUUUGAUCUCUCAGACUGUGUUUAAUGGAGGUUGCCAUGUUCUCGGAGUGAUUCCUAAAGCUCUUUUGCCUCAUGAGGUACUAUUUCAUGCCUAUAGUAUAUACUGUGCUUUCUUUAUCUAUCUUCUUUAUGAAAUAUUGGAACUGAUCAAACCCCACUUGCAGAUAUCAGGAGAAACCAUGGGAGAAGUGAAAGAAGUUGCAGAUAUGCAUCAAAGGAAGGCAGAAAUGGCAAAACAUGCCGAUGCAUUCAUUGCUAUUCCGGGUGGUUAUGGAACCAUGGAAGAAUUGUUAGAGGUGAUAACAUGGUCUCAACUUGGAAUCCAUGACAAACCAGUGGGCUUGUUGAACGUAGAUGGAUAUUAUAAUAGCUUGCUUGCCUUAUUUGAUAAAGGAGUGGAAGAGGGUUUCAUAGAGGAUUCAGCAAGACAUAUUGUGAUUAUUGCCAAUACUGCAGAUGAACUCAUAAAGAAAAUGGAGGAGCAUGAGCCUGUCCAUGACAAGGUAGCACCGGGACAAAGUUGGGAAGUGAACCAAUUGUUAGAGUCUAAUGUGGGAAGCUCAAAGAUCUAAGAUCUUAAUCACCAAUCUGUAUAUAUUGCAUAUAUAUGUUGGUGUAAUUCCAUUUAAUCAAAGAGAAACAAGAUGGCAAAAGUAGCCAAAUAUCUCUCUAUCACUCUAUCUUCCUCUCAAAGUGGGAAAAUCCCAAGAUCCUAAAAUUUUAAUCAUCCAUUUGUAUAUUCAUGAACGUAUGUAUUUUAGCAGCUGUGUUAAAAUCAGUCAGUAAAUCUAUUCUCUCUCUCUCUCUCUCUCUCUCUCUCUCUCUCUCAAGGUCAUUGACUAUGUCAAAAAAGCAUAAUAUGUGACUUGGGACAAAGUGGGGUAGGGGACAGAGAAGAGAGAGCUAGAGCCUAGAUGGUUAUUCUUUAUGGUGAUUAUUGUUUUUCUUUAGGGUUGGGAUGCUAUGAAGAAAGGCUUUUCCCACUUGCUUCUAA